CAGGGGCUGGAUCCCGGCGCGGCGUCCCGCAAGGGUGGGAAGGAGCCGCCCCUACCUAGCCACUGUCUAACCUCGGCGCGGCGAGGGUAAGGGCUGCGUGCCCCUCGGUCAGCAGUGGGUGGCAGCGGGUUAGGGACAGGCGCGCGCGUGCCAUCGCCUCUGCUACUUUACUUGGGAAGACUCGGGCUAGCCCAGGAGAUACUAGGAAGACGGGAUUUUCAAAGCUAAUUAUGAAAACAUUUAUCAUUGGAAUCAGUGGUGUGACAAAUGGUGGGAAGACAACACUGGCAAAGAAUUUGCAGAAACACCUCCCAAAUUGCAGUGUCAUAUCUCAGGAUGAUUUCUUCAAGCCAGAAUCUGAAAUAGAGACAGAUAAAAAUGGAUUUUUGCAGUAUGAUGUGCUCGAAGCACUUAACAUGGAUAACAUGAUGGCGGCCGUCUCCUGCUGGAGGGAAAGCCCAGGGCACUCUGCGGUAUCAACCGAGCGAGGAAGUGCUGAGGAAAUUCCCAUCUUGAUCAUCGAGGGUUUCCUUCUUUUUAAUUAUAAGCCCCUUGAUACUAUAUGGAACAGAAGCUAUUUUUUGACCAUUCCGUAUGAAGAAUGUAAGAGGAGGAGAAGUACAAGGGUCUACGAGCCUCCAGAUCCCCCAGGGUACUUUGAUGGCCACGUGUGGCCCAUGUAUUUAAAGCACAGACGAGAAGUGGAGGACAUCACGUGGGAAAUUGUUUACCUAGAUGGAACAAAAUCUGAAGAAGACCUUUUUUCACAAGUAUAUGAAGAUCUAAUACAAGAACUAGCAAAGCACAAGUGUUUGCAAGUAUCAACAUAAAGGUGGAAAGCAGCGAAUCCUUCCUGCAGUGAACUACAAAAUUCAAAGGAAUGUAUUUCAGAACCUUACCCAAGAAACUGUAUGGACAGUGGUGCAAUGACAGCUGUGUUUUAUAUGUGUGUGUGUUAUCACAAAACAUGUGGAACAGUCAAUAGCCAUGCCAGUGGACAGGCGUCUACUUUCAAGAGUUGCUUUCAUCCAGGAAGUGCAUAGAUGUAGCAUAGCUCACAAAUAAUAACUCAGUUCUGUAACAAAGAUGAUCUGACUUUCUGACUAGAACCAGAGCAAGAAAUAAGAACUAUAUUGCAGUCAUAUUUGUUUUCAUGUAUUCCUGUAUUCCAUUGUGUGUGCGUAUAUGACAUUUGUGUGUGUAGGUAUGCAUAUAUGUGCAUAUGUAUAUAUGUGUAUACACACACAUCAAGUAUUAUAAGUCAUUGACCUUACAUAUGCACUGUGAUAUUUUUCUAUUUUUAAAGAUUUUUUUUUUAAGAUUGGUCAGAACCCAUGGUUUGGAAUAUACUGCUCUCUACCGUCCCACACCAAUCCAUUUCACCUGCAGAUAGUAGCAUUACUAGAAAUAGCAGUCACGUGGAAUAAAGCAUUAGUUUACUUCAGUAUCUGGGUUUGUGUGUGUGCAUUUGAUGUUAUAUGUGUGUGUGGUUUUUUUUGUUGUUGUUGUUGUUGUUUUUUGCAUGUGUCUAGUACCAUUAUAUCUCUAUAUUAAGAUUAUUACAAAUAGGAAGUUUUCCCUGUGUUUUAUUUUGCUUUUGUCCAACUGAUGGUCUACAAUCACAAAAAUACAGUUAUUUCAGUCAUAUUUUAUAUAGGUGCCAGACCUUGAAAAACCCAGACAGGAGAUCUGAAUUCUGUGAUUUCUUGAAGGCUUUUUGGAUGCUGGAAUUUUAAUUAUGUAAUCAUCAAUCUUUUGUUCAUUAAUAACAAACAUUUCUCAUGACCGUCUUUUUUUCUUAGUUUCCUGUAGGAUACAUGCACUUGCCAAAGAGAAAGAGUGAGAGAUGGUGAAUUCCCCCACGGGGGAUGGCCACACAGCACUCACUUCUGCUCCACUCCCCACUCUGGAGUUUGACACAAGUGUGCACAGGGCCUGCUGUGUUUUUCAAGUCUCCAGGUAUGGAUGCAGUCAGUCUUAAGCUCUGUGCACCUGCUGAUCCUCUCACAGUCUUAAUCCUUGUUAAUUAUAAAUUAUAUUGUUCCACUAACUUUCAAAAUUCACUCCAGACUCCUUUAGUCAGCUCUGAUUUUGUUUUUAUUUCUUUUUUUUUUUUUUUUUUUUUUUAAUGAGAGAGAGAGAGGCAGUGAGCGAGAAGGAGAUUUUUGACAGUGUCACUGUAUCACAAGCCUCCUGGCCCAGCCUUCCAGAUAGCCAGGACCACAGGCAUACGCUACCACACGAGCUUGUCAAGUUGGGCCCAAAGUCACAUUCAGACCUGAGCAGCACAUGCCA